AUAAACGGUAUUUCCUCGUUCCUCAGGGUCACCUGUCAUGGGCCGCACGACACAGAAGAGCGCCAGCUGAGUCGACGCAAUGAAGAAGGUGGUGCUGUUUAAGGGCGCGUCGGAGGAGUACGAGCGCGCCUUCCGCGAGCACAAGUACGAGGCGAUCUUCGUGGAGCCGCUGCAGUUCACGUGCGUAAACCUGGAGGCGCUGAGCACGGCGCUGCGCGGCGAGUACGCGGGGCUGGUGCUCACUAGCGCGCGCGCGGCCGAGGCGGUGGCGCGCUGCUGGGACCCCGCGCGCUUCGUCGCCUGGAGCGCGCGCCGCGUCUACACCGUGGGCGACGCCUCCGCGCACAAGAUCAAGCUCCUGCUCGGCCUCGAGGCCCUAGGCACCACUGCCGGCAACGCUGAGAACCUCGCUAAGAUCAUUGUGAAAGAAAAUGCAGGCUCUAGCAAGUUCCUGUUCCCCUGCGGUAAUUUACGAUCUGAAACCCUCCCAACCAUCCUUCAAUCUAAAGGUAUUUCGGUAGACUCGCUAACUGUUUAUGAGACUAAGGAGAAUGACAAUUUAAAAGCAGAUUUGAUGGAGCUGAAUGGGUCCACACAUGACCCAUGCUGUAUGGUGUUCUUCAGCCCUUCGGGCUGCGAGUACAUCCACCGGCAGCUGCAGACCUUCAGCAACCGGCUGACCAACCUGCCCUACUUUGCCAUUGGCAACUCCACUGCACAUAAGAUUGAGAAUUUGGGUGUAGAGAUUGCAGGUGUGGCGGAGAAGCCCCGUGCCGAGAGUGUGAUAGACUCGGUACAGAAGUAUUUUGCAAGUACUAGUAGUGGCACUAUUAGUGAACAAACAAGUAGUGACCCCUAAACC